UACGUCGUUUAGGUGGAAGUUGGUCAUGGUCGUCCGCCAAACGGAAAGCCGCCAUGAUGGCUUUCUGUAAAGUUCGCUCAAUAUGUAAAGUUUCGUUAUUGUUUUUCAUUAAUUGUGACUGAGUGUGUGCAAAAAUUAACCAUGGGAACGAACUAGAGUGUGUGAAGUUCAGUUUAAGGUCCCUUGGGACCUGCUAGAGGAGCAAAAAAGUGUUUUAUAAGUGCAUUUUAGUGUCGACGCUAAGCGUGUUUUGUCCUGUCAACAAAAUGUCGAAGCUCUCGUUUAGGGCGAGGGCCCUGGAUGCGUCGAAACCAAUGCCCAUAUAUCUCGCCGAGGAGCUCCCGGAUUUACCGGACUACUCGGCGAUUAAUCGUGCAGUACCUCAAAUGCCCUCUGGAAUGGAAAAAGAGGAGGAAAGUGAGCACCAUCUCCAGAGGGCGAUAUCAGGCACAGGGCUCAUAAUACCAACACCUGAAGUGUGCGAGGUCAGCGACCUCCAGUUCUACGAGAGAUGUUACCCGCCGGACUACAAGAUGCCCAAGCAGCAUAUACACAUGCAGCCGUUAUGGGAAGAGCAAGAGGCGCCGGAGUACGAUAUCGACUCGGAGGACGAGAGGUGGCUGAAACAGCAGCGGCAUCUCGAGCUCACAGAGCUAAAGUUCGAGCAGAUGAUGGACAAGCUGGAGAAGAGUUCGGGACAGACCGUGGUGACGCUGAGCGAGGCCAAACUCCUGUUGGAGAGGCACGACGAGCUCGUCACGGCGGUCUACGACUACUGGCUCAACAAGCGGUUGAACACGCAACAUCCCCUAAUCCUGUCGGUGAAGACUGAAAGUCGUCCGGGACAGUCGUCGAACAACCCUUACCUGGCGUUCAGGAGACGAACGGAGAAAAUGCAGACCAGGAAGAACAGGAAAAACGACGAGAGUUCCUACGAGAAGAUGCUGAAGCUCCGGCGGGACCUAGCGCGCGCGCUCAACCUCCUCGAGCUGGUCGCGCGCAGAGAGGAGGCCAAGCGUUCGCUGGUCGCGUUGACCGCACAGCUCGCGGACAAGCGCUACGGCGCCGGAGACUUCGCGAACCAGCUGCUGCCCGAGACUCAAGUGGCCAGGCUACCGAUAUCGUUGCCCCGCGCCCCGGGCUACAGACACUACGAGCCCCCCCUAUACACCCCCGCCGCACCCCCCGACAUACCCAGACAGCGAGAGAAGCGAGCGUACAAGAAGCGAAAACACAGGCAUCCCGCCGUCGGCUCCGCGCUGGGGCUGCGAGACUCUGGCGUGUACACGUCUUCAGAGGAGGAGGCGCGGACAGAGCCUGCGUCUCCGCCGGACGAUGGUGCCUUCGCCUUCCGACGCAAGCCCGGCUGUUACUAUGAAAUGCCUACGAGUACUCUGUACGGCGAUCCAGUGGACCCGGACAAUACCUCCAAAGACGGACUCUUCCAGCACGAGAUUGAUCCGAGGCACAGGUUCACGCUAACGUCCCUGGACGGGCAGUGUAUAGGGUUCGCGAGGCGGAGGCGGGGGCGCGGGGGACGCGUCAUCCUGGACCGGGUCAGCACCCCGCUGGACGACCUGUGGCCUGAGCUACCCUUCACUGACACUAGACAGACACAGCGCGAGCAAAAGGAACGGGAGGAACUCGAAACGAAAAUGCAUCGGACUCCAAAGGAGAUCACUCGAGACUACCACUCUGGAGGCAAAUACCCAUGGAGGCAUUGCUUCCGGAAACACCUCAAGCGAAACCCUCAUCUCUGGAUAUCCGAUGCGGAGGACGUUAAAAGUGAAAUCAAAAGUGAAAAGACAGAAGUGUUACCUCAAGACAGUGAUAUUAGUGUUAAUGCAAGGACUAUUGACAGUGCAGUGUGUGAUAACCUUAAUAGGGUGCGCAAAAGGGCUUACAGUGAUAGUGACAGCAGUUACGACUCGGACGAGAGUCUGCAUCCGGUGGAGAGGGAGUUUGAGAAGUUUGUGGACGAGGUUAAUAAAAAAUGGUUACAUUUCCGGCCGAAGACGCCCCCGGCGGCGCCGCUGGAGAGCGCGGAGGCGGAGGCGGACGCGGACGCGGACGCGACACUGAGCACGCUGACGGCGCACACGCACAUCGCGUGCGAGCUGCGACACCACCGUCUCGGCGCCUUCACCACCGACCACUUCACUCUCGCCUCGCUCUACACCGACACACCGCACGAUGUCGACCUCAGUGGCAACAGUUUAGAUAUAAGCGGUGAGGACCUCCUCCCGGAGAAUUUCACGGGUCUAACGGAAGCUCAGGUGGAGAGCAUACUGUCCGAGACGGAUUUGAAUACAUUGGAGGAGGACAUAAAGGAUGAGAAGAAGCUGACAGACAACAUCCUAGACCUGGUCAGCGACGAGAAACCUUUUUUAUUGCAAGGCCAGAGUGCGGACAGGCGCGCCGACUCUGGCAAGAAAGGCUAUGCUUUUGGCUCCACAGUCGUACGAAUGUCGCCGCUUGAUAGUGAACCCAUCUACAUAGAGACACCAAAAGUCGUAGAAGCGCCCAAGCUUAAGGAGGAGAAGAUCGAACCUUGUCCCGUGCCCAACUCCAAAAUUAUCGUCGAAGAGGUCAACGAAGUGCCUAUGAAGGUGGAAAAGAAAGAGGUAAUCUCGGAGGUCCACCUGGCGCACGGCGUGCAGCUGAAGCCGCCGCUCGCUCGCGCUCACAAGCCCGCUCCCACGCCGCAGAUCCUCACUGUCGCUGUCUCUGAUAGUCUGAAGGUGCGGCUGCAGAAUCACCUGCUGUCGAGCCAGGCGGGGGUGUUAGUUCAGAACGGACCUUUCCCCUCAGUCGUCGCCCUCCCCGUGCAACAGAGAGACAACACCACGGCCGUGAAGCUCUCAGUGGCGGGGGUGUCAGGCGCCCCCUCCCCCCGGCGCCCCCCUCCCGUGGUGCACCUGGCCCCCGCGUCACUGGCCCCCGCAUCACUGGCCCCCGCGUCGCUGGCCAACAAGCCCCUGACCCUCCACACCCCCGCACAGAACCCGCCCCUGGUCGUCGCGCAAUCCCACACGAUACACCACGUGGCCCCGAACAAGUUAAAAGUACUUCACGCCCACCCGUUAACCCAAACCCAAAGAGCACAGUUGUUGCAAGCGAGGGGCGUUGUCUCAUUGGCGCCGAUAGGUGACGCCAGGACGCAGGCGGCGUUGCUGAAGGCGGCGCCGGGAUCUAUGGCGCAGUUUUUCGAGAUUAAAGGCGGUCAAAUCGCGAAAGGACCGCAUUUGGUUAACGUUUUGAGACAACCGGCGCCGAAGACUGCUGACAAAAGACGGGAUUUGCCGACCACAGCCAAACCGCAGAGGGUGUCGCUCGGAUUGGACGGUAGAGCGAUAGUGCGUGCUACUUUACCGACGUUGCCCGUCAGGCCUCCAAGGCAACAGAUACAGUUGAAGAGUCGACCGCUACAGGUGUCAGAAGCGAGGGUACCUAACACUGUUGUGGCGAAUCUGCUCCAGAAAACUGCCGUCUUGCCCCGGACAGGUCCGAAGAUAGCGAUAUCGGGCCCGGCGCUGUCGCAGCUGAAGGCGCGGCCGGCGCGCCUCGUGCCGCAGCCGCGACUCCGGCCCGCGCACGAAAUAGUUGAAGCGACAACGACGCCCGCGCCGGCGUCGUCGACCUCGACGACUACAUCCGAGGAAGAAACCGCCAACGGCGUGCGCAGACGGCCUACGGACACCAUGAUGGAGGUCACGUGACAACUAGGGCGCUACAGGCGAAGUCAAGGGUGAAUAUUAUAGUUCUUCGAUUACUCCAAUCGUAAUAGCUGUGGAGUGGAAUCAUUACUGUGGUGAUUAAGAUCUUCUUCGUAAUUUCGAUCGCAAUAGAUUUGGAGAAGAAUCUUUAAGUGAUGAUGAAACGGCGUAGUGUUUCUCGUUUUGGGUAAUCGUGGUCGAAUUCAUAAUUCUUUAUUCAGCUUAGGAUGAUAUACAUCGCUUGUUGACGUCGAAAAUUUAAAAUAGAAUGGUUAAGGUUGGUUGAUGAACGUCCAGUGUUGCCAGCCAAGACAACACAACAGUGCCCUCAUUUGUUUUCCAUUAUUUAUAGACAGACCGUAAAGCAUAGUAAUUUUCAUUAUAACUUAGUUAUACUUAGUUACUACCUUAGUUAUACCUUACCCAAACGAUUCGUAAUUUAUAUGAAUUUCACAUUUAUUUGUAUUCAAGAAGUGAUAUUAAAACGUAAAUUUAUUUACUUCCACCUCGAAGCCUCAGCCGCCAUUUUGAUUUGCUGUCACAAAAUGGCGGCGGCGGAAACACUACGUCGCUUAUUUAUCUAUGGUUACGACAUUGUAAGAUCUUUAUAUAUUAUUGUUUUGACAAGAUGUCUUUUUAUUUCAUUGAACAACUCAAGUUAUAUAGGCACUCUAUAGUCUCUCUUUGCUCUCGGUUUAAUUCUUGGCUGCAAUGCCUCGAAGCUUGGAAUCCACUUAAGAUUGGUCUAUUAUUAUUUAUUGAAGACCGGCCACCUUCUUGACGUCAGGCCUCUUCGGGGAUUCUGUUGUUGCUUAUCAGCUACCUUAUCCCUUAUUCGGCUCGACGCAGCGUCGACAUCCACGAGAGGAUAUGGAGACUAUUUUAGGACGGGAAUUACACGACACAGAUGUCACUGUUUAAUACCAAAUAGUAAUUUUGUCUUGUCUAAACAAUUAAUUAUUAACGAUCCAAGCUUUGACAUAUUUACGCUAUUGAUGUCAGCUUAAGGUUUAAAACAAGGAAUUAUCAUAAUAAUACUAUAUAUAUAUAUAUAUGUCUUAGACUUCUGUGUAUAUCACCUCAUUUUUCCACUUGAAACAUCGAUUAUAUUGACAUUAAUCAAAACAAACAAAAAAUACAAAAAAUAGUAAAUUAACAAAAUAACGCGAUGGGUUAAACGCUUAUUUUACGAUAGUAUACUGAUUCAGCUAUUCUAUUAAUAAAAAUAUGAACCAUAUAUCAGCUAUAUACUAAAGUCCGUUUCUGAAGUAAGUGGAAAAUAGGUCAACGAUCCUAUAUAACCUUAUAAUAUAGAACUUUAAUCCAUGGUAAACGUGUAUGUUGAGUAGAAGUGUUUUUAGUUGACAUCUUUUGUUAUUCGCCUGGCCGAAAUUAAUGCAAAAAUAACGAGAUAUUGGCAGCCAUAUGCAAAAUGUGCAGUGUUUUCAACAUAGACAGAGAAAAUUAUAGUCACGUUAUACUUCCAUUUCGCUCAUACAAGAGAGAAACGCGUACUAGAAACACGAGAGGAAAAGGGACAGAAUGCUAAUAUAUUUUUCGUGUACCGCAUUUUAUUAGAUCCAGUCUACUCACUACUUUAUACCGUGUAAGCUUAAUUUGUGUGAAAUAGCUACGCUCACUGACUAUAGUUUUCCUGAUUUACGGUUAUUUUAAAAGACCUACUAAAAUUGAAAUAGUAACAAGAUUUUGUUAAUAGUUGCCAAUAUCUUCAUUAAUUAAAUCUACAAAUAACCUCUAUAACGAUGUCAUACUAGAAAUAUGAAACAAAAACAAAAUAUGGUCAAAGUAUGCAAAUAGGGGACCGGACAAUUGUGAAUUGUUAAAAAUAUGAAAUAAAAUGAUAGAAUAUGUAUAAUUGAACACAAUUUGCAGCUUGAGUUUAUAUUCCUGAGUCAAUUUAUUUGCGGCAAUCAAAUUUUAUACCGAUGACAUCAUAAGGCGGUACAAUUAGUAAGGGGCGGUUCCCUUUAGCAGUCCGUUAAGCGUGGAUAGGCUCCUUUAUGAGGGCCCGGGUCUAUAGCAAGUUUAUAAAAGAGAAAAAAAAUAUUUAAAUAUAAAAAAAAUAUUUUUUUUUGUGUCAUAGUCAAUUGGUGUCAAAGCAAUUUUUUUUUCUGUCAGCACUCUUAAACUGUAUCGUCCUGAGUAAGCGUAAAUUUUCGCAAAUUUUGUAUGAGUCAGCGACGCGCCGAUUGGAGGUGUUGUGUGGAUAUUUUUGUGUUUCCUUGUGAAAAAGACCUUCCGGACCAUUAUGUUCAAUUCCAGACAUGUUGAUUCCACGAUAAGUUUUAAACAUUAUUCAUAUAUAAAAUGUGUACUUUAAAAUAAAGAAUAAGAAACUCUUUUCACCACAAUUCUGGAAAAAAAUCGCAAAUCGUAUUUUCAACUCCUAAUAUCUAUUAAAUACACAAUUAAUUUCUAGUAAAAUAUAGUCUGAUGGCUUAUUUCCUAAGGAUUUCAUUAAUAUUACUUUUGAUACUAGUGUUCAUACAAAAGUUUUGAGAUAUCCGAUGAUUUCCGCCGCGCGGAAUAGCCCGGAAAAUUUCCGGGUGCCGUCGAACAGUUGACGGCGAGCGCGGAUACGAACGCGGACUGCUCAAGGGAAUAUAUAUCUUGAGAAGGAUACUAAAGUGAUUUUUUAGCAUCAAAGAAAAAAUUAGUCUGUACUAGACUGUGUAAAAUUGACUGUACUUUGUUUUUGGACAUACAUUUUUCUAUUGCUUAUAAUACCGACGUUGUUGUGACUUUCUAAGAGCGAGAUGGCAAUAAUGACAACCGAGAUGGAGCAUAGGUCAAUAAACGUUUUUUUCAAGUGGCUGAGAAAUGGACUAUACCAAUAAAUCUUAAAACAAUCCUACGUGGAAUAAAACACUGCUACUUAUUCAAUAUCACGGGUUUGGGUUAUUUUACGGUCGAUAUAAAUAAAUUCUAGUUGUAAAAGUGUCCAUGCAUCUCAUAAGCUUUCAUUGCUAUGACAAAUCAAAUAUUUUUAAAAUAGUGACGUCAUAAUACUAUGUGUAUUGUAGCGUGUACUAUUUGAUUCAUUACAUAUUUGUUAAGAAAUUGAACCAACCAAACUGGAUUUUAAAAUAUUUUUCAAAGAUAAAUAUGUCGACCGAAAAUCUACAUACACCCAUACGCGACACGCAUGUGUGUAAUAAUUAUUAAAAGUUAAUUUAAGUGGCUGUGACAUAGUUAAUAUUUUGAAACCGCAACGAGUGUCGCCUAGAGUGCUGUCUCUUUCAUACGCGAAGUGGGCUAACGCUAUUUUUAUAUUCGGUCAGCAGUUUUUUCUGAAAAUUUAAAACGGUAAGACGCAGUACCUAUGUAUAUGUAACCAAGGCGCAUUUUUAUAAAGGAAUAAAUUUACCUAUCGUCUUAUAAAGAUUUAAGAGAUUUGGUGGCUGCCAAGAUCCAGUGCGGGGUAGAAAGAGCUAUCUAUAUGAACUGAUUGGUUUAAGAAAUUGGUUCUAGAGUGAGAAAGCACGAUAUGUUUGUCGCGUUUAUUGCUUUAAAUAAUGCGCCUUUUGGGCACCGACGAUUCUUAGUAACUUUGGAUCUUAUCUAAAAAAUAUAAUUUUGAGACAGAUAUAUAUUUUUUAUUUACAUUUCGGAUACUGUGUCUGUAUAGUUGUUCAGAUCUCACUUUUGAAUCGUAGGAAUUAUUAAACGUCAAAUAAAAAUUUUAACACAAAAUAAAAAUGAAGGCUUUUGUUUUUAACAAUAGGCUUUGAUUUUACAAUAAUGAGUCAUUAAUAUAGGGAAAGUGAAAAAAAGGUAAUUGGUUAACUGAAUUACAUCUGGGAAAAAACUUUUUAGCUUAUACAAUGUAUUUUUUGCCCUAGGGCACAAAAUCUGGCAUUUGACCUCGGGUUUGAAUAGUAACAUUUUUAGAUUUAUUUCGAGAUAAAAGUCGACGGUGGUAUUUAAAUGUAUAAUUUUGUGUAAAAUAUAACCAUUAAUUACUGUAUUAUAUAGUUUUAUGUGUAUAUUAUUAAUUAAUCAUUACCUGGCUGAAAAAGAAUUAGUUUUUUUUCUCAAAUCAGGACACGACUGGCAGGACCAGUGAUUUUUUUAAAAAUAAGUCAUAUUAAAAUCAACCGGGCUUCUCAUUUUUGCCAUUAAAACACGGACUGAACUGAAAAAAUAAGUUAAAUUGCCUAUGCCUGACUUUAAUCGGGAUUUCUGUAAUUUUUAAGCUUUAGCAAUGCCGCUGCCUGUACCUAAUUUGUUUAGAUAUAAUGAGUUAAUGUUUAUACGUCUUUUUAUUGAAAUUACACUUAAAAAUCUAAAUCUUUGCAAAUUAUAUAUUAAGUAAUUUGUAUGAUAAAAUUAAUUUGUAAUGUGUAAAGUUAUAUUUUUUGUUUAUAUUUCAAUAAAAAGACAUCAACAUUAUCUUAGUGUCUAAACAAACGGGGCGUAGAUUUGCUUCGAAUCAAAUUCUUAUUCACCAAAGUCGACAAUUUGUUUACAUACAUAUAUAUCAGGGGAAAACACGAACAUUUAUAAACAAAAAAAGAGCUAAAACAGGUUGUAUAUUAACUACUGAAAAUCUACAAAUAGAUCCAAUAAAACUGAUUUUUUUAUUUAAAUCGAGUAGUUUUCAAACUGAGCAAAAAUAAAACAGUUGACUUAUUUUUAUCAUUAAAGAAUUUUAAAUUCAUUCACGCUGUUUGAAAAGUUUUAAGCAUUAUAGCCAGUUCAUGUCUCAUUUUUUCAUUUGGUAAUAAAUUGAGUAAGAAAUAAAAUUAUACCUCAAUAAAUUAAUGAAAUUUGCGACUUUUAAUCAAUAUUAAACCGUUUAAAUAACUUCACAUUAAUCAAUCGUAAAUUAAUGUAGCUGAUGUUAGUUUUAAAAAACUAUAUUAAAAAUACUCGAUUUAGUAUCCAAUGAAAUAAAAAAAACAACUGAUAAAGAAACUACACUUAUCAUGAUCUUUUUCUGUACAAAAUCUUAAUCUUAUGUAUGUUUGUAUAGUUGUUGACUAUGACACAGCAGUGAGAAAAAAAGCAGAAUAUUUUUAGAAAUUUUUUGUAUUCCUUCUCAAGUACCAAAUACCCUUCAAUGUAUUUGAAUAAUAGAUUGAUAGCGAUUUUUGUCGAAAAUAAAAAAAAAAGUUUAACAAAACGAUGUUUUUUUUUUGGCAUUUUUUAUUUGAAAAUAUUAUUGUCACAUAAUACGAUGUCUAUAAUAUUAUUGGUAUAAUGUAGUAGAAUCUUAGGAGUGUGUCCAUUAAAAUAUAGUAAAUGCGUAGGCACCAUGUGUAGAUAGUUUAAAAAAAUGUGAUUUACAUAUAUAAAAGAUGUGGAUUGCCUGCAGUCAUUAUUUAAUGUCCUUCACAUUGUUUGUCACAAAAUCAAAUUGUUUUAGUGCUUUGUUUAUGUACCCGACAAUAAUUUUAAUUCUUUGGCAUUACAUUUAAAAAAAUAUAUGUGCAAGACAAUCCGCCAUCUGCAUAAACUAUGUUGAAAUGUAGUUUCUUUUUCGGGAUUCGAUUCAAAACUUUCUCCGUUCACUUCUAAUUAGAUAUUUUGCAGAAAAAAAUGAAAAAAAAUGUUUAAAAAUAUCGUGAUUAUGUAUUUUAAUGUAACUAAAUCGAUACCGUGCGUUCUCCCAUAAAGUUUCUCAAUACAUUAUAAGAAAAUUGAUGAAAUUUUAUGAGGGAAACCACGGGGCAAGCUAUGCGAUAUAUCGAGUCGUGUUUACGCAAUGUCCUGUUGUUUCAAGGUUUAAAAAAUUCAGUGAGCUUUUUUCAUACAAACCUUAUGGGUUUUUAUGAAAAAUAACUCGCAACAAAAAAAUGUAACGGUUUUAACUAUGUCUAUACAUAUAUAAUUAGUAAGUAUCAUAUACUGUACAAAAAGGCUGCAAAUUUGGGAAAAAAAUGUAAAAAAAAUUGGCCUCAUUUUUUUUGGGGCCGUUAACAUACGCUUAGUAAGAUGGUUAGGAACAAGUGUACCUCAUAAGUUUCUGAUUUCUAGUUUAGGCAAUGUCGAGUUUUUGACCGAACUGACGCAGAGUAAUUUUUUUUCUAUGCUAUCUGUCGGUCUCAUUGAUAAUACGAUGCAGCACCUUUUUUCUUGUAAAUAUUACUUUUUUACCCCUUAGUUUUUAUUAUGGCGGCGUCAAACCACGCUUGAAUAACGUUUCGUGAGGUCGGUCAAAAACCCCGCCAAGUAUGAAAUAAAAAAUUGCUGUAAAUUGUUUGUAAAAUAGUCAUGUUCAGAAUUUCAAGUGUAGUUUUGUUGAUAUUUUUUUUUCAACUAAAUUGCUGAAUAAAGCGACGAUUCUGUUUCA